CAUAAACUUAUUGAAAAAUGAAACUGAUUUAUUUUGUUGUAUUAAUUUUAAAAACGAUUGUUGCUUUGAAAAAAGAAUCGAAUAACAUCAAAAAAGAGAUACUCGAUGAAGAAAACUCUUAUGAAAGCAAAAUCUGCUAUUUACCAGCGCGUUGUCCAGUUACACUGCCUUCAUUAAUUACAAACGACACACUCGAUACACGUUGCUCAAACGCGAGAGUAGUGGAUAUUGCUCGAGCUAGGUCUUGGUAUAAAAUUACAGAUGAAAACGAACCUUCCAAUUCAGAAUUUCCCUUAAAAAAUGUACCUUUUUUAAACCAACCUUAUCAAGACGUCCUGUUUGCUGCAGUACUCAACCCAAUGGAAUCUUCCUGGCUGAUUCUCUACCAAACCUGGACAGCUAGUGUAAUGAGCAAAGCUGCAGAAAACAUAAAAAAAACUUUUUCAAAAUUUAAAUUUGAUAACAUUGAGACGUACCACCAACUAAAACUUGCUUUUGAUAAUGUAGUUAGGUCGUUAAAGGCACCUAUGUAUUUUGAUAAACCCAGUCUUUAUCGAGAAACAUUUACUGACAUAACUGAAAAUGAGCUUUGGAAAUCAAAUAAAAUUUUUGCUCAAAGAAGGCUUGCUGGAUCAUGUCCCUUUCAUUUACGUAAAGUAACACGAAACGAGGAAAUUGGUUUCCAUGAAAGCACAUUGCUUGAAUUGUUGAACAAAGACUAUGACUUUGACGAAUAUAUUCGCUCGGCAAGUGAAGGCUCAAUAUUAUCACUUAAUGAGGCUGUGGAGCAAGGAAGUCUUUUUGUUUUAUAUCAUGAAUCAUACAAUGACAUUGAAACUAUUCCUGAUGUUUCUGAUAAAGAUACAUCAAAUAGAAGACCGUUGAUAAAAGUCACAUCGCCAAUAACGUUAUUUGUAUUAGUUGAAAGAGAACUAAAAGUUGCAGCAAUUCAAAUAGAUUACAAACCAAGUUCACCCGUUUAUACCCCAUCAUCAUUGGAAGAUAAAUGGCUGCUUGCAAGAGCUAUGGUAGAAAUUUCAGAUCAAGAUAUUUGCGAUAGUAAAGUACAUUUAGGAUUUAUUCAUUUUCAUUCUACUAUAUUUUGUUUGACGUUUCGGAGACAUUUAAGCAUACAACAUCCUCUGUACGAUUUUUUUCAAUGGCAUUGCGUUGGUACAACUUCUCACAUAAGUCUUUCAUAUCAUGCUCUGGUUGCAAAUAAUUCGAUGGGGCAUAGGCUUUUUGCCAUGGGUCAUAAUGGAUUUAUAAAGCUAUCAAAACAAGCAUACGAGGAAGCUUACUAUGGUCAAUAUGAGUUUGAACCUCACUUAAGGAAACAAGGGCUAUUCGAUCUUCAAGUAGAUUAUUACCCGUUUCGAGAAGAUGGAAAAAUUAUUAGUGAAGAGCUUUACGAUUUUAGUUCAAGUUUCAUCGACCUGUAUUACGAUAAUGACGCCCAAGUACAGUCUGAUGCAGAACUACAGAGCUAUGCAAACGAGUUAUCCAUUACUGGUAAACUAAAACCAGACGGAGGUAAAGGAAAGGUUAAAGACUUUCCAGACACAUUUAUCUCAAAAGAUCAGUUAGUCACAUUUGUUUAUCGAUUUUUAUGGUUUAAUGUAAUACAUAGUUCUUCGAACUAUGCUGCUUCUCAUACAUUUAUACCAGUUCGACCAACUAAACUUUAUUCAGAUCCUGAAUUUGUAGAUAGCUACCCACAUAACUUGCCUUCUCUUGAACUUGCUGUAGACAUCACAAGUUUUGCUCAAAUCCUUGAUAGUUUUAGAGUAAAUCGUUUAUUUGAUUAUUCUGACAAAGUAGUUGACAAAAAGUUCAAACAUCUUGUUUAUAAAACGUAUGGCAAAUUAAAUAGUUGCGUUCAGAAAAAAAUGGAGACAAACAAUGCUAAACGAAAAAAACUUGGACAACUCACAUUUCAGUACAUUGAACCUAAAUGGUUGACAAAUAGUAUUCACGUAUAAAUGAAAAUAUAUUGCAUAAAAACAUUGA